AUGAUACUUCGAGGCCUUAAAGAAAAUGAGUGUAGAAAUGCAAAUUGCAGCUACGAUAAGCCUGCAGAGCAGAAGGAUCCCGAGUAUGAAGUGCACAAUUUCAACGCUCGAGUUUCGAAAUCGUUCGAUGGUGCACCCGCUUGCGCAGCACCACCACCAUUGCCUCCAAGAGCAUUCCGUUCGAUGCAUAACAAUCAGCUGAGCAAUUUCGAACAAGCUCAGCUCACUGGUCUACCCACUGUGCAGGUUCGUCCAUUACCGAUAAGCGAGCGACUUGGUGGGUCGUCGUUGGGAGGUGGCAGCAGGUCACCAUCGAUCGCCGAAUCAGGUCGUUGGAAGUCACGAAGAGCAACAACACCGAUCUCACAAAAGAACAUCGAUGUCACCCGUACUGGCCUACCAUCUUCUAAUGAUGAAACGGAUCAGUUAGAUAUGGGAAUCCAUGAGUGA